CAAUGUUUCAGCUGUUCAAACAGCCCGCUCCGGGGGUGAGCUUGGGCACGGGCCGGGUGCUGCACGCCCUGUGAGCAUCAUGUGGCAGGACACCAAUCUGCUGGGCCGUGAUUCGCCGGGUCAUGUCUACAACCCGAAGCGCAUCCGCUCGAUGCCUGUCACCAGCUUUGCUGGCUCUGAGCGGCCUCCAUUAGGGAAAGCAAAGUAUCCUGACGCAUCCAACGACUUGACUCAGGUUACACCUGACUCCCAGCCCUUCAAAUAUGGAGAACCACGUGCUGCAACCAUGGGCACUUGCCCAAGAGAUGUGGUCACCAAUGCUCCAGACUUGAAUGGCUUUCCCAAGGGCCGGAUCUCCCCUGGGCCCAUGCGAUAUAACAUCGCAAACUGCCCGCCGGCAACGCGGCUACAGCAUGCACCAGGCUGUGACCAAGUGCCACCCAAGUGGAGCAUUGGACACAAGACAAAGAUUCUGGAACUGGAGUCGCAAACAGGGCCGAAAGUUGGUCCUGGUACCUAUCCUCUUCCAGAUGCCUGUGGCAAGCAAUAUGAAUCAGAUAAAAAGAGCAUCCCCAUUUGGAGCUGCUGCAAAAAAGAUAGAUUUCCGAAGAAGGCUCGAGAACAUGAUACUGGCCGUUUGUGGGAUGGUGAAGGCAAAAGAAAGGCGCAAUUCAACAGGACCUGCACUGCACCGCCAUCUUUUAGCUUCGGGACCUCCACGCGCUUCCACGCGCAGAAGCUGGCGCGAGCCUUGGCACCUGCGGAUGAGAAGGUCUUCGGUCGGCCGCCAAAGAUUGUGCCGCCGAACAUUUCGCCGCACCCGGAAAUCAUGAAGUAUACCAGAGUUCCGCAGGGAUGCUAGUGACUCUGAAGCUGAUAAAAUGAAGGACUUCUCAACCUAUGUUCAUCAUUGUGUUCUUCUGCUGAAGACUUUUGCUGCAGUAUCAGUCAGUGUAUCAGAUUGACACGGAAAACAGAUUUGAUUUUAUACCAGAAAAAACAGUCUUGGACUCGCAGUCCAAUGAUGUAAUGACGUUUCACCUGCUUAUGCAAUUUGUAUAUACUUUCUGGGAUUGUGUGGCCUCUCCGCUUGCUCAAGGUUGGUUUGGCAAACGGCGG